GUAGGUUUGGUCCGUUUAUUAUCGUCAGUCAUUGUAAUCUCACGAGAAAAUACGUGAAUUGCUAUUGGUGACCAAAAUGGCGGAUGAUCAAGCAAAUAUAGGUGGUUCAGUGGCUGGAGAGGCAAUUAUGGAACAAACAACUACACCAACACCAUCAGAGGUUCCAGAAAAUGUUCAAAAAAUCAUCACCAGUGAAAAAGAUAUUGACAUGUCAGCAAAGCGUCCCCGUGUAGAUCUACAAUCACUCCCAACAAGAGCAUACCUCGACCAAACAGUUGUUCCCAUAUUACUAAGUGGAAUGUCUGUUUUAGCAAAAGAACGGCCGCCUAAUCCAAUCGAAUACCUUGCUGCCUACCUUUUAAAAAAUAAGAACCAGUUUGAUCAGUGAAAGAAAAACAGUGUUACUGGUUCUGUGGGAGUGAAAAUGAAAUGCCAACUUUCAUUUACAUUUAUUGAUAUUUAUGGAGUAUUUAAUGUAAAGUUUUCAGAUUACGGUCACUUCAUUGAAAUGUAUUUAUGGUUUCGCUUUCUAAUUAGAAAUCAAAGUAGAGGACGUAUGGCUGAA